AUGGCGACUGCGUGCACCACGGCGUACUGUAAGCGGUGCGGCACCUUCGGCCACGAUACUGAGGGCUGCUCGGCAGACUGUAAACGUUGCGGGAGUCACCACGGAACACGCGAGUGCUUUCGUAAGCGCUCAUACGCUUCGGCCGCCCGCGGCUUCCCCUCGCUAUCUGAAUCCGCUUCGUCGCACUCUCAGUCAAGCGGCCCCGCCUCUGCCCGAGCAACUAACUCGCCGCGUAUGCAGGUCCUCACGUCCAGGUCUGCAUCCCGCACAACCGAGAGGGGAUCCCCUUCUGGGGACCGCGACUUAGACUCCGAUCUGACUUCAGGCAGUGGCAUGGGCGAUCCGUCCGCCAGUGAGGGGGAGAGGCCCGGGAGUUUUGACGAGACUACCACCAGGUCGACUGAAACAGAGUCUAGCGAUAUCGAGACGGGUUCGGCGCAAUCGUCCCCCCCUAAACCGCCUCCACCCUCGGCGAGCCGGGAUGACUGUGGGAAUUCGCUGACCGCGGCUGAAGCAACCCCCGAGUCCAACGAGCAGGGAGAAGCCCUCCUUGCUUUAUCAAACACACCCGUCAACGUCCGGGCCCCAGUGACCAGCCCGGCCUUGGAGGCCGACACCCAAGACCCAGCCGGCGACGACGCCCCCAUAAAAAGAGUCGUGUACGACCAUGCCGGCUCAUCUGAAGAAGAGAAGCUCCUGUGGCAAAUGCUCGACCGAGUCAACCUGAACGCCAGUGACGGUGGAGAGAAGCCAACGUCAAUGGCUGGUAACACAGGCACCCACGCGUUGGCCGACUCUUCUAGCAGAGCACUACACCUAAGCCUAGCCAUUGAAAGACUCGAUCCGGAAGACACCUUCAAAUCGGCAAAGAAAGUGUGCAGACUCCUGGAAAAAGGUGUUGUAGCAGUGCUGGGACCACGGAAGCCAGAAGCAGCUUCGCUGGUCGGCAGCGCUUGCGCUGGACAGCAUGUGCCACACAUCUUCUUGUCUCAGGAGUUUCAGCCCAAUGCCGGCGUAAACGCGGCGUCGGUGUCUGUUAGCAUGGCACCUCCUCACAGCGAGUUGGACAAGGCACUCCAAGAUUUGGUGAAAGCUCAACGUUGGAAGAGUUUCACGAUUGUCUACGAAAAGCCUAGGGCGUUGGUGCAGCUGCAUGGCCUCUUACACUUGACUCAGCCUGGCAGUCUCCCAAUUCCGGUGUCGCUUCGGUUACUUCCGGAGAAGAUGAACCCUGGGAUUGUUCUGCGGGAGAUCGCCAAGAACGGCGAAAGCAACAUCGUGCUCGACGUGGCGACUCACAAGCUGGGCGAUUUGUUGAGACAUGCACAAAGAGUUGGAAUCGUGAAUGAGUAUCACAACUUCAUCGUCACCACUCUGGACCUCCACAGUGUCGACCUAACAGCCUUACAGAACUCUGGGACGAAUUUGACUGGCUUCAUGCUUCUGAAGAGAGAGGUCUGGGAACAAGACAUUGGAGCUGUACGCGAGAAUUACACAAAAACUGGCUUAUACCCACUCUUCUUGACUCAUCGGGUCUCCUGGAAGCAAAUAAGGACAGACGCGGCUCUCACUCAAGAUGCUCUGAUCGUUUUGGUGCGUGCCAUCCAGAGCCUAGCCAAGGCACGUGCAUUGGAGGCACCACCACGAUUUAGCUGCCGUAAAAGCUCUGCGGAAAGGAACCUGACUCAGUCGAGCAUGCUUAAAGAGGCAGUGAGAAAGAUACGUUUCUCGGGCUUGAGUGGACCACUGUGGCUGGAUGCUUUGGGCCAACGGAGAAACGUGUCCCUGUACGUGGCAAAACUCAAGCGUACGGGACUGACUUCGGUUGGAACAUGGAGUACGUCAUCGGGGCUAAACAUUACUCGAGCAGAAAAGUUGUUUGAAGACGAAAUACUCAGCGUAUUGAAGAACAAGACUUUGAGGAUAACGACGAUAUUGAAUGCACCGUACGUCAUGCUCAAGAAAUCCGCGCACAGGCUUGAGGGAAACGACCGCUUCGAGGGUUACUGCGUAGAUUUGCUCCAUGAAAUAUCCGCAACGCUGGGCUUCCGCUACCGGCUCAAGCUCGUCAGAGAUGGCGCCUACGGAACCCGGGACUCACAGGGCAGGUGGAACGGCGUAAUGCGCGAACUUGUGGACAUGGAGGCCGACCUAGCGAUUGGUGACCUGACAAUCACCUCAGAGCGCGAGCGAUCUGUCGACUUCACUAUGCCUUUCAUGACGUUGGGGGUCAGCACACUCUACAAGAAGACCGACCAGAAGCGUUCCCUGCUCUUCUUCCUGUCUCCGCUUUCGGGGGAUGUGUGGCUUUGUGUCGCUGGGGCGUGCGUCGCUGUGAGCGUGGUUCUGUGCUGCGUUUCUCGUGCUCAGAGCGCAGUGUGUCGCGGAAAAAGUGCCGUUUCGCGAUGUUAUGUAUGCUGCUACUGCGGAAACAGUUUAGCGCGCAGUGAUGUAGAUUGGUACAGUGAAACGGACAGUGGCCGUGCGAGGCUCGACAUCAUCAAGGGUCAGGAAGCAGUCAAAUCACUCGGCCUCCAGCGAGAGACGUUAUAUUCUGACAGCCAGAAAAAUGGUACUCUGCCAACGGUGCCAAAUGACUUCGCUCUUCUUAACAGUUUUUGGUUCACAUUUAGCGCCGUCAUGAGGCAGGGAUGCGAUAUAUUUCCUAGGGCAGCUUCAGCGCGCAUCAUCGCUGCAACUUGGUGGAUUUUCUCCUUCGUGCUGGUUUCCUUUUACACGGCUAACUUGGCAGCCUUUCUGACUAAAGAGAGGCUGCUGUCACCCAUCGAGAGUGCCGAAGACUUGGCGAAGCAGUCAGCCGUGCGCUACGGAUGCGUUCGCUCAGGAUCGACUCACGCCUUGUUCAAGGAGUGGAGGCACGAGACGUACGAGAUGAUGUGGCACGCCAUGAAAGAGGACCUAGUGUCUUCCAUCGCCGAAGGCAUUGGGCGUGUAGAACGCGGUGGCUACGCCUUCCUCAUGGAGUCUACGAGUAUUGAGUACGUGGUACGAAGACGGUGCCAGCUCAAGCAGAUCGGGGGUCUUCUAGACUCUAAGGGUUACGGCAUCGCAACGCCGCAUGGUUCUCCGUACCGCAACAUCUUGUCGUCAACGUUACUUCGGCUGCAGGAGCGCGGCACACUGAAAACAUUAAAGGAUCGUUGGUGGAAAGUACGGGAUCCGCUUAAAGGUUGUCCUACUACAGAGGCCGGCGAAUCAAGGACUGUCGCAGCUAGCGAGCUGGGCCUGCGAACAGUCGGCGGCGUGUUCGUCGUUCUCCUUGCUGGUCUUGGUCUAGCCUGCCUCAUCGCUUUCGCCGAGUUGUUCUGUAAAGCGAGAUUAGGGCGCAGUUAA